GUUCCAGUGCCAGAACCAGUCCCAGUGCCAGAACCAGUUCCAGUGCCAGAACCAGUCCCAGUGCCAGAACCAGUUCCAGUGCCAGAACCAGUCCCCGUGCCAGAACCAGUUCCAGUGCCAGAACCAGUUCCAGUGCCAGAACCAGUCCCCGUGCCAGAACCAGUCCCCGUGCCAGAACCAUCAGAACCAGUCCCAGUGCCAGAACCAGAACCAGUCCCAGUGCCAGAACCAGUCCCCGUGCCAGAACCAGUUCCCGUGCCAGAACCAGUCCCCGUGCCAGAACCAGUUCCAGUGCCAGAACCAGUCCCAGUGCCAGAACCAGUCCCCGUGCCAGAACCAGUUCCCGUGCCAGAACCAGUCCCCGUGCCAGAACCAGUUCCAGUGCCAGAACCAGUCCCAGUGCCAGAACCAGUCCCCGUGCCAGAACCAGAACCAGUCCCAGAACCAGUCCCCGUGCCAGAACCAGUUCCAGUGUCAGAACCAGUCCCCGUGCCAGCACCAGUCCCCGUGCCAGAACCAGUCCCAGUGCCAGAACCAGUCCCCGUGCCAGAACCAGUUCCAGUGCCAGAACCAGUCCCAGUGCCAGAACCAGUUCCAGUGCCAGAACCAGUCCCAGUGCCAGAACCAGUUCCAGUGCCAGAACCAGUCCCCGUGCCAGAACCAGUUCCAGUGCCAGAACCAGUCCCUGCCAGAACCCCCGUGCCAGAACCAGUCCCAGUGCCAGAACCAGUUCCAGUGCCAGAACCAGUUCCAGUGCCAGAACCAGUCCCCGUGCCAGAACCAGUCCCCGUGCCAGAACCAGUCCCAGUGCCAGAACCAGUUCCAGUGCCAGAACCAGUCCCAGUGCCAGAACCAGUCCCCGUGCCAGAACCAGUCCCAGUGCCAGAACCAGUCCCAGUGCCAGAACCAGUCCCCGUGCUAGCACCAGUCCCAGUGCCAGAACCAGUCCCCGUGCUAGCACCAGUCCCAGUGCCAGAACCAGUUCCAGUGCCAGAACCAGUCCCCGUGCCAGAACCAGAACCAGUCCCAGAACCAGUCCCCGUGCCAGAACCAGUUCCAGUGUCAGAACCAGUUCCAGUGCCAGAACCAGUCCCAGUGCCAGAACCAGUUCCAGUGCCAGCACCAGUCCCAGUGCCAGAACCAGUCCCCGUGCCAGAACCAGUCCCCGUGCCAGAACCAGUCCCAGUGCCAGAACCAGUUCCAGUGCCAGAACCAGUCCCCGUGCCAGAACCACAGAAGUCAGUCCCAGUGUGCCCAGUCCCAGUGCCAGAACCAGUCCCCGUGCCAGAACCAGUUCCCGUGCCAGAACCAGUCCCCGUGCCAGAACCAGAACCAGUCCCAGAACCAGUCCCCGUGCCAGAACCAGUUCCAGUGUCAGAACCAGUGCCAGAACCAGUCCCAGUGCCAGAACCAGUUCCAGUGCCAGCACCAGUCCCAGUGCCAGAACCAGUCCCCGUGCCAGAACCAGUCCCCGUGCCAGAACCAGUCCCCGUGCCAGAACCAGUCCCAGUGCCAGAACCAGUUCCAGUGCCAGAACCAGAACCAGUUGCCAGAACCAGUCCCAGGGCCAGAACCCCAGUGCCAGAACCAGUCCCAAACCAGUCCCAGUGCCAGAACCAGUUCCAGUGCCAGAACCAGUUCCAGUGCCAGAACCAGUCCCAGUGCCAGAACCAGUCCCCGUGCCAGAACCAGUCCCCGUGCCAGAACCAGUUCCCGUGCCAGAACCAGUCCCAGUGCCAGAACCAGUCCCCGUGCUAG